CGAUUCCUGGUUCCCAUUUACCGAAAUCGUUUCCCCUUGUUCGCCGCAUUCCCUCUCGUCCCAGUUACGGGGGCCUUCUUGUUGUCGAUCUCCGUAUCUUUCUCAGUCUCAAUCGCUGCUCGAUCUCUCUUUGGACGCAGGAAGAAAAUGGCCUCGACGACGAUUCUCCGGUCUCUAUCCUCGACGGCUGGCCGGAGGCUCCGCUCCAUCUCGACAGCGAGCUUUUCCUCCCUCUCCGCCGCCUCCGCCGCCGCUUCCCGCGGUACAACCACCACCAUCAACACCACUAGCAUCUUUCGUCCAUCCCCCACCGUCAAUCGCAUAUCAGCAAUCUCAGAUUGCGGCCUUCCUUGCAGAUUGAACUUUAGACUUGCAUUCUCUUCAAAUGUAAGCCAGUUGCCUGCCAUAGCUGACCCUGACAUAGAAGCUGCAUUCAAGGAUUUAAUGGCCAUGAACUGGGAUGAAAUUCCAGAUUCUGUUGUGAAUGAGGCAAAGAAGGCACUCUCUAAAGCUACUGAUGAUAAGGCUGGCCAAGAGGCUUUGACAAAUGUCUUUCGUGCAGCUGAAGCUUCAGUGGAGUUUGGUGGGAUUCUCGUUACUCUCAGAAUGGCGCUUGAUGAUCUAAAUGGUUUAAGUGGUGAGAACGUAGGACACUUACCAGAUUAUAUAGAAGGUGCUGUAAGAGCUGCAUAUGAACGCUACACAGCAUAUCUUGAUUCUUUUGGCCCUAGUGAGGCUUAUUUGCGGAAAAAGGUUGAAACAGAGUUGGGAACCAAAAUGAUACAUUUGAAGAUGAGAUGCAGUGGCAUUGGUUCUGAGUGGGGAAAGGUUACACUUCUUGGCACUUCUGGGCUUUCUGGGUCCUAUGUGGAGCUUAGAUCUUGAGAAAGAUGCCAGAGGGGUGGGCUUCUGUCUUGGCUACUAAUGGAUGUUUAUGAACUAUGUUUUAAAUAAGAGGAUCGAUCAGUUGAUUCUCAAGUUGUACUUGCAAGUUCAGGAAAUCCAUAGAAGAAUUCAUAUGAUUUUUGCAACUCACCAAAAUUUUAAUUGAUCGCAUGAGUCUUCCAUUAUUUUUGCUGCAGUGAUGUGUUGGGUUGUACGUUCUUUGUACUAAUUGAACGUAAGGCUUUUUUGAUC